CUGCUGCGCUCGGCUCUGACGGCGAAAACUGGAACUGCGGAGGUGAACCUUGGCCAUUGGAAUUCGUACAUAUCGGCCCUUGAUGACCGGAGCUCAACACAUGGUUUCCAGCGGCCACUACCUUGCCACCUCGGCGGGUUUCCGGAUCCUCGAGCAGGGCGGCACGCCAUCGACGCCGGUGUGGCGGCGGGCAUCGCGAUCAACGUCACGCUGCCGCAGUGGACUGGCUUUGGCGGUGUUGCGCCAAUCAUCAUUCACGACGCGGCCAGCGGCGAGACCAAGUCCAUCAGUGGGCUGGGGCGCUGGCCCAAGGCCGCAAGCAUCGAUUUCUUCAACCAGAACUGCGGGGGUGAGCUGCCGCCCGGGGUGCUGCGCACUGUAACACCUUCGGCGGCCGAUGCCUGGAUCACCGCUUUGAAGCUCUACGGCACGAUGUCCUUCGAGCAGGUGGUCACUCCGGCGCUGGAGCUGGCGGAGGGAGGGUUCCCCAUCCCGGCAACGCUGCAGUCGGCCCUGGCCCGCACCGGCGACUCUCUCAUCGGCGACUCGGAUGGCGAUGGACGCUGGCCGUCCACCGCCGAGGUUUUCUUCCCUGGCGGGCGCCGUCCCGACAUCGGAGACAUCCUGGUCCAGAAAGACCUGGCCCGGACGUUCCACAGGCUCAUCGAGGUCGAGCGGGACCACGCCGGACAGGGCCGGGAGGCUGCCUUGCAGGCGGCCCGGGAUUUCUUCUACAAGGGAGAGAUCGCAGAGGAAAUCGUCCGCUUUGUCCAGAGCGAGGGUGGGUUGCUCACUAUGGAGGACAUGGCGGAGUUCGGCGUUGGUAUCGAUACUCCGCCCUCAAUCGACUACAAGGGAAUCGAGGUCUUCGCCUGCGGUCCAUGGUGCCAGGGGCCUAUGAACCUGCACACGCUGAAGAUCCUGGAAGGAUUUGACCUGCGAGGAUUGGGGCACAACACAGCGGCAUACGCCCACACGGUGAUCGAGGUGCUCAAGCUGGCCUUCAGCGACCGGGAGGCCUACUACGGCGACCCCGACUUCGUAGACGUGCCCAUAGCGGGGCUGCUGUCCAACUCAUACGCUGAGGAACGACGGGGAGCCAUCGACCGGUCGCGUGCUGCCCCCGAGAUGCCGCUUGCGGGCGACCCGUGGCCUCACCAAGGCAUGCCAGCCCGCAACGGACAUCCGGCGAGGCCUGACCUCGUGGCCGGCGGUCUGCCCGCGGACACCAGCUAUGCCAGCGUGUCCUGGCUGGACCCGCAGCACCCCAGCGCCCUCGUCCCGGGAAAGCGCCCCCGCCUGACUCCGAAUCCCGCGCUGGCCAUGCGGAAUGGCAAGCCACUGAUGCCCUUCGGAACGCCGGGUGGCGACGUGCAGCCGCAGUCGAUGGUCCAGUUGUUCCUGAACGUGGUGGAGUUCGGCAUGGACGUGCAGCAGGCGGUGGAGGCGCCGCGGUUCUCGACCUGGAGCUUCCCCAACUCAUUCUGGCCCCACGCCUAUCACCCCGGCCUCGUGGGAGUCGAGGGCCGGAUGGACUCGAACGUGGUGUCCGAGCUGUCCCGCCUGGGACAUAAGGUCGAGGUGUGGGACGAUUUCACGCCACGAAUGGGAUGCCUCUGCGCGGUGCAGGUCGACCAGCAGCGCGGUGGCCUCAGCGGCGGUGCCGACCCUCGCCGCGACGGCUAUGCGAUGGGCCGCUAG